CACGCCCUCGCUUCAGAAAAACUCGGUUAAAAACUCUUGAAAGGCUUUCCUCCCUACUUCUCUCCGACAUCUGCAGCUCAAAUAGGUUGAUUAACUGGUCUUACUUGUCAGAGAGAGAGAGAAAAAAAAACCCUAACUACUACCAUUUAUAGUUAACGUUGACAUCCGGGUUGGGUUGGUUAGCUUUGGUGACUUGUUGUGUUCAUGUAAAUUUCACCCGGAAAAAGACAAGAGAGAAAGAGAUAAAACUUGUGUUUAGUCUGUCGUUUGAACCCGCUGCGGAAAAAAAAGGUCGGAUUUUCGGUUUUUUUGGAAGAAUCUGUUGGGGAAACCAAAAAAACCGUGUUUGAGCUGCACAUUUUGAUCAGAGGCUUGUGCAGUGUUGCUAGGCUGCGUGCAACAGAUUCCCCCGGUUCUCGCCUGGUGUGAUGAUUAAUGAGAAUAGAAAUGCCAUAUGUGGAUCGACACAGUCGUGUUUGUGGGUUCCUAGACAUUGAAGAAAUCGAAGGCACUGGGAAAUUCUUGAGGCGGUAUUUUAUAUUGGACACUUCGGACAAUGCGCUAUUGUGGUACAUGGACAACCCACAGAAUCUACCGCCUGGAACCCAAUGUGUAGGCAGCCUGCUGUUACCUUACAUCUCUAAGGUCAGUGAAGCAACUGCAAAGCAGAAACCAAAAGCUGAAUUUUGUUUUGUUAUAAAUGCAGGUCUACGCCGCUACUUUUUACAAGCCAAUGAUAAAAAUGAUUUACUCGACUGGGUUGAUGCCUUAAACAAGUCGUGCAAAAUUACAGUGCCAAAGGGUAAUGCAAAUGACCCACAACCCAGUGCUGAGCCAAAAAGACCUAUAACCGAAGCCCAGAAGCAGCAGAUUCCAUACAAAACUGAAAUCAUUGGAGGGGUUGUAGUGCAGACACCUAUCAGUCAGGUGAAUGGGGGCGAGAAUCAAGAGGCUGCUGAAUUGGCUACACAUGGCGUCUUGAAACGUUCCUUAAGCCACAUUCCAGUGUCUGGAAACAAGCAAACAUUAGGACCUCAGGUUUUGAAGAGUGGGUUCUGUGUGAAACAGGGCAUUGUGAGAAAAAGCUGGAAGAGGAGAUACUUCACACUGGAUGAAAAUUUUUUCAGUUACUUCAAGUGUGAAUUGGAAAAAGAACCACUUCGAGCAAUACCACUCAAAGACAUACAAAAAGCUCAGAACUGUAGUUGCAGUCAAGCACUGAUGAGGGAUAAUCUGUUUGAAAUUGUCACAACAUCUCGAACUUUCUACAUUCAGGCAGAUAGCCCUGAGGAAAUGGAAAGCUGGAUGAAAGCCAUCAAUCAGGCAAUCAAGGCAGUCAAGUGUUCAAACAAUCCCACAGCUCCGGUUCAAUCCAGUUUCAUCAGCAGAACUUCUUCGUCACAGCCAGUUGAUUCGCUGACUGCAUCAAACCCAUCCCCCUCGGUGUUGUUAUGGCCUCAGUCUAAUUCCAAGCCCCAAGGAGAAGAAAAACGACCUCUCUCCAAGUCUACCUCCGUGGUGUCAUCAUGGCAGCCAUGGACUCCUGUGCCAGGUACUGGUGAGCCACUUAUGUCUCCAGUAGAGGAGGUGGGCAGGAAUGAGAGUGCCCUGAAAACACCACCUGAAGUACCCAAACCACAGCUGUCAAUGAAGGAAGAUGUGAAUGGUCAGGGGAAGCGCCGCAGACACAGGUCACAGCCAGCACCCAAAAAGGAGCAUCAGUUCCAGUACAAUGUUGAUGAUGACGGCAUCCGAACAACAGAUGUUUAAUAACAGUAAACUUGUCUUUUCCCAUUGUUCAUUCUGUCUAGGAUUAGUGACUCAAAUAGUUUUCAUUUUGGAUAAAAGUGCCUGCUUGUAAACAGCUUAGCUUGCCAGUGUCCUUGCUGAAGCUUCAUUACCGAGUAAAGUCAGGAAACAAUGUUGGAGACUAAAGGCUCAAGAAAGCAGCUAUAUCAUGUUUUUGUAUGGCUGCUCUUUACAUUUCCAUUCCUACUCGAUUCAACAGGAUAACAGCAUGGCCGGAUUCUGGCAACUGAAAUGCAAGCCACCCAAGGGCCCAGUACGACCUAGCACAGCCAAUGGGUCUCUGUGAUACACUGAUGAUGAGGAAUGUAUUAAAAUUGAAGCAAUUUUUACGUUCCUGAGGUGUAGCUAAGCCCUUUGUGCACAUUUGUCACUGAAACACUGUGGAAAACACAGAAGCACAGACAAGUGCUGCAACAUUCUAGCCAUUGAGGGAGACGGAAUUUGGAUUCUGCAUUCCUUAAUUGUGUCAAUUAACUGUGUUAUUUGCAGUUCUUAAAUCUCUGUUGCUGCCUUUCUGCAAAUGGACGUGGGUCAGUUUCUCAAGGAAGAAGUGCGUCAAGAAAAAAAGUUGUUCCAGUCCCAGAAUCAUCAUGUCCUAUACCUGCUUUUUCCUUCCUCAGGCAAGGCAUUGAACAAACAUUUAUUUUGUCUCAGUGUUCCCUGCACUGUUUUCUGUUUGUUCCUCCGGAAGCAUUUCUAAACAACUGAUUAGUGGGACUUGCGCUCCCACUGUUCUGUAUAUAUUAUUAAGGUUCAGGCAGAGUCCAUCAUGACAUUGCAAUUGAAAACAGCUCCAUAUUUUGCGACUCAGUUCUAUAACCUCUCCUAGGUAGAGAGCCCAGCCAGUGAAAAAUUGCAAUGACGCACGAUCAAUUAGGAGGAUUAUACUUGAUCCCAUUCUCAACUAAUUUGUACUCUUUGGCGCAAGUUUGUUUGCAUAGGAAAGAUCAAGUAGGAAAAUAAGAGAGCCAGAAUUAUUUCUUUGUUGUUUAGACAGCCUUUACUGCCUUUGAGGAAGAUAGCAUGGAUGUCAAGAGAGGUUACGGUGGUGAAAAUUACAAAACAAAGUUUGACAGUAAAUUAUAUUCAGGAAGAGGAAACAGUUUGUCCAGAUUCACAUUGCUGGGAUACACUCAUGUGAGGAAUGUCAAAUAUGACUUGGAUUUUGUGUUGCCCCAGAGAAUAACUAUCCUGCCAAUGAUCUGUGCUGAGAUUUGCACAUCAACAGUCCUCAGCAGGAUGAGGCACUGUUAAAUUGCUAACUUUGGACCUCAGCAAAGAGUUUUCAGGAAAAGAGGGCAGAGAAUCAGAUUUGAAAAAGGAAAUAAAAGUAAACAUUGUGUUGAUCGAUGGUUCACUUUAUGCAGAGAUGACAGAAUGCUGGUUUCAUGCUGAUCGUUUAGUUUCAUAGAAUAAAGAACUUUGCAGUACAGAAGGACACCAUUUGAUUGUGUCUAUACUGGCUUCCAAAAGCUAGUCCCAGUUAGCUCACCCCAUUUUCCAGUCUUAACUCCAUAGCUCUCGAAGUUCAUCUCUUUGAAAUACAUCCAGUUCACUCUUGAACCUUUCUAUGGAUCUGCUUCCACCAUUCUCCCAGGAGCAUAUUCCAAGUCCUAAUAAAUCUCUGAAUCAAAAAACUUCUUUUCAUCUCACUCCGAGCUCUCCUGCUGACAGUCUUGAAAUUGUAACCUCUCGUUACUGACAUACCAAAUAGUGGAAACAGAAUAUCCUUCUUUACCCAAUUAAAAUUGUUUAUCAUUUUGAAUAUCUCAAUGAGGUCACCUCUUAAUCUUUUGUACUCCAAGGAGCUCAUUUUUGUCCAACCAUACUUUGUAUCAAAAAUCCUUCAUUUCUGGUGUCAUUCUAGUAAAUCUCCUUUACACUCCCACCAGGGCUUUAACAUCCUUCCUUAAAUAAGGUGCCCAGAACUAAACAUAAUGUUUCAAAUGUCGUCUGACCAAUAAUUUGGAGAAGUGUAGCAUCAGUUCCUUGCAUUUAUACUCUGACUCUAUUUAUAAAUCCAAGGUGCCUAUCAGCCUUGAAAACAAUUGUUUCAAGUUUCCUGACGACCUUCAGAGAAUCAUGCAAAUUAUUUCACUAAAUGCAUGGAGUGUAGUUUUGUUCACUACACUCCAUGCAUUUACAUAUAUGGAAUUUAACUUUUCCUUUAUCUCUUUUUUGCCCAUUGGAACACGACCAUUUCAUUGUUUUUUUAAUUUAUUAGAAAAGAUUUUAUACGUAUA